AUGAAUAAUGGUAAAUUUAACAAAUUUAAACUAAAGUUAAAUUAUGAGUUAAAGGAUUCGGGUGGUAUACUAUUAAACAAUGAUUGUUCAGAUGACAAGUUUUCUAAACAGGAUGGUUUAAGACGUUGUGUUUGUAAUUCACAUUAUAUAAAUAAGGAUUUAAAAUUAGACAGUUUUUCUAAUAACUCUAAAACAAGAAGAAAACAUAGGAAAAUAGAUCUAGAUAAUGAUUUAUCAUUUCCAAAGUUAUUACCAUCUCCUAUAAUAACACCUCAAGGGUAUCACUUGUAUUUGUAUUAUUUUAUUGAGGAUGAAACAUGUAUAAAUAUAUUUACAAUUGGUGAUUAUGUGAUGAUAAAUUUAACAGAUGGUAAAGAAAGACCAGCUCAAUUAAUGUCUUUUUUAUAUGAUCCAAAUAUAGAUUUAAUAGGGGUAGAAGUUAGAUGGCUUUAUUCAGAGUAUGAUAUAUUGGAAUUUGGAAAUAUAAUUGAUAAGUCUAAAUGGCCUCAUGAUUUAUUUCAAUAUGAAGAGGAAUAUAUUGAAAGUGAUAAGUGUGAAAUUUUUGAUGCUAAUGUAAUAAAAAGAAUGAUAAGAGUAUGGAAUAAUAAAGAGCAAUAUUUAGAUUGGGCUAAUGAUAGAAUUAAUAUCUAUUCAGGUCCACAAUGUUUAAAUUUAAAAAAAAAAAUUAAGAAUAAAAAUAAUAAUGAAAAAAAAGUUUUAAAUAUAUUAAAAUAUCAUGAUGAUUUACUAAUUGAUUAUAUUAAAGAUUUUAAUGAAGAUAUUCUCCCAUCAUCUAUUGAGGUUUAUGAUAAUUAUAUAUCUAUUUAUAUUUUGAUGACAUCUAGUGGAACAAUAAUCCCAAUAGAUCCUAAUAGAUAUUUACCUUUCUUUUUAAUGAAAUGUAGUCAUUAUUAUGGUUAUUAUAUUAAUUAUUUUAAAUUAAGAAAUUCUCAAAUAAAAUAUGAUUUAGAAUUUUAUAAUAAAGUUGGUAUUGAUAAUUUACAUUGGUCCAAAAAACCUCAAGAAAUUUUACCAUGUAGAAAAUCUCAACAUGAUGAAAUUACAAAAUAUCUUAAAUCUUCUAUUAUGGCAAAAGGUGGUGGUGUAUUAUUUAUUGCAGGAUUACCAGGUACAGGAAAGACAGCAACAGUGUUAAAUGUUUUAAAUAUGUUAGAUUAUGAAGAAAAACAAAAAUUAUUAUAUUCAAAUAAUAAGAAAAUAACUCAAAAACAUUCUUUUAUAUGGUGUUAUAUUAAUGUAUUAUACUUAAAUAAUCCUGAUCAUUUAUAUAUAAGUAUAUUACAACAACUUUAUAGUUGUAAUAAUUGGGCUCCUACUAAAGAUUCUUGCUAUGCUUCUUUAGAUCAAUUUUUUAAAUCAAAUAAUAGCCCAGUUACAAUAAUAGUAAUAGAUGAAAUUGAUUGGUUACAAAAAAAUGGUUGUUCAAGCUUAUCAUCAGAUUAUAAAACUUCUCCAUUAUUAUAUAAUCUUAUUGAUUGGCCAUUUCAAAAAAAUACUAAGGUUAUAAUAAUUGCUAUUGCUAAUACAAUGGAUUUACCUGAAAGAUUAAUACCUAGAUGUACAUCUAGAUGUGGAUAUGCAAGAAUAAAUUUUAAACCAUUUACUGUUGAAGAAAUGAUAACCAUUUUAUUAAAUCGUCUUGAAUCUUCAAAUAUAUCUUAUGAUAAAUUCAAACAAAAUAUAUCAAACUUAUUUUGUCCUAAAGCAUUAGAGUUUUGUGCUAGAAAAGUAGCUCAACAAUCUUCAGAUGUACGUAGAGCCUUACAGAUUCUUCAAAGAGCUUGGGAAAUAUCUGUUACAGAAUAUAAAAAAUCUAAAAAUGACCUAUCUAGUAAUAAUAUAAAUGAAGAAAAAGUAACUAUUAAUCAUGUUCAACAAGCUUGUAAAGAAGUAUUAUUAGUAAAUCCAAUUUAUAAUUUUAUAGAAUCUCUUCCAAUUAUUCCUAGAAUGUUCCUUGCAGCUAUUUAUCUUGAAAUUGAAUAUAAUAAUAAGGAUAAUUCCUCAAAUUCUAAUCUAAAUUGUCAUCUAAUAUCUUUAGAACGUUUAGAACUUAGACUUAAAACAAUACUAUCUUUAACAGAAAUUUGUGAAGAUUCCUUAUUAACACUUCAUUAUUUAAGAUCAAUUAUUAAAAAAUUUGUGGAAUGUAGAAUUAUUAAAAUAUUUAAAGAUAUUAAUUAUAAUCAUUCAAAUAAUAUAAAUAGUUAUAGUCAAUAUUCAGAAUUGGGUAUUUGGAUAUAUCUAUUAAUUGAAUCUACUCAAUUAAAACAAAUACUUUUAAAAUCAAUACCAUAUACAAUUCCAGGACUUACAACAUAA